UUCUAAUCCAAAAAACAUUCCUCUUCCAAACAUUACGGCGAAGCUGAAUCUCAAUUCAUUUCAAGAUUAGAAGAUCUUUCCGAGAGGAGACUGAUUUAUUUACGGGCAAGGUUUACAACUAAUUCGCCGAAGUAGACAAUGGAACACGUACGACAAGAAGUUGGCCUUAAUAGUUUUGCGUGUGAUUUUUUCCAGUUAUUUACUAAACUCGUGCGUUUAGUGCCAAAAAUAACUGUGGAUGGAAAAGUAACCUUUGCGUUUCUGGAUGUGAUCGAGGCUAUUUCGGGACAGGUACUCGACGACCACUUUUCUCAGAGCCUAGCCGAUAAGGUGGCUUCCUAUUCUGGACUUAGGGUUGUGUUUUCCAUUGCGGCUGAUUGUUCGGAGCGACAUUACUUUUCUGGUGGAGACCGGUGCGAUGAUACGCUUUACAUUAGGUGUUCUGCUGUUUGCCGUGAUAACCUGAAUGUAAACGACUUCUGGCUCGGAUAUUGCCCGAGUGAAUGGCCAGAAUUAGAAAAUGUGACCCAAGAUUUCCAAUCUACGAUGAUGAAAUUUGGGCGUGAUUUGAUAAGAUCUGACAUUUUAGUGCCGUUAUUUUCUGGAGGACAAGAGGACAAUCGAGUCGAUGUUUUUCUGAGUUUCUUGUCACUCGUGAGGAACUUUUGCCAGAAGAAGACAAAAAGCUCCGAUUGGGCUGAUUGGUCUUCUUCCUCUUUCGACAAAAAUACUCUUAAAUGGGUAUUUUCUAUAUUGAACUUUUUAAACCAACAAUUAGACAAGUCGAGCGAAUUUGAUGAUACUGGGUUUGCAUUCGACACGAAUGUGGAGGCGAAUGCCACCAUUCCAAGGUACUUGUUUAGCAAGUCCUGUUGGAUUCGAGGGAGAUAUUUCCUCGUAUCUUUUGAGAAGUUAGAGGCGCUUCGACUGGCCCCCCACCAGGCUAUAUUCGUGUCUUCUGAGGCCGAGAGCGUCGCGGGAACACCGCUGCGGGACGAACUUGAUCACCAAUGCGAAAAAGGUUACGAGGCUGCCCCGUCGUCGUCGCCGUCUCACAUGAGGAAUAUUUUUGAUUCAUUUUCAAAUUCUGAUAUUAAACUUCUAUCGCCCAUCGAAGAAGACACUGAAGGCGAAGUUGUCGCAACCUCGCUCACCGAUGGCACUAUCCGGGACGCCGGAGAGCUUGUUUGGCCCAUUCAAACGUCUGUUGCACAAGUGUGCUCCGAAGACGACUCGGUCAUCAAUCAAAGCGCGAGGACCGAAGAAGCAGCCCCCGUCCUGAUACCGGCCCCUACAAGCGGUACUCAGCGAGAAUCGAACCACAAUCGGAAAAGAGAUGGCGAAGAUGAUGGUUACCCUUGUCCCGACUCGGAGGCGAUCCGCUAUCAAUAUUCUUACUCAGAAUUAGAUCCGCUGCAAACAGUGUCAACAAAUGAACAAUUAGUGUCAAACGACGAACAGCAGCCCCGUAUCACUGGCGACGGCGAAUCACACCCUCAAUCUGUUGCACAAGUGUGCUCCGAAGACGACUCGGUCAUCAAUCAAGGCGCGAGGACCGAAGAAGCAGCCCCCAUCCUGAUACCGGCCCCUACAAGCGGUACUCAGCGAGAAUCGAUCCAAAAACGUAAAAGGGAUGGUGGAGACGAUGAUGAUGAGGCAGAUGAAGAUGAUUUAAACGACGAACAGCGGCCCGCGGAGGACCCCGCGACCAUGAAUGCUAAAGAAACCCCAGCCCUCGCUACAAUUAGUGCGCCGGAUGCUCAGCCACAGAAAAAAAAGAAGAAAAAGCGAAGAAGGGACGAUGAUCAUCAGUCCGUCCUAUGUACAGUCGAGGGAUCACAUCUUCAAACAGUGCCGCGAGUGAUGUGUCUCGAGGAAGGACCGACCAUUGCUUUAAAGGAAGUAUCCACCACCCCCGCCCCAGUCGGUACAAAUGAUGUUCAUCAUCAGAAAAAGAAAAAGGCCAAAAGGGCUAGGAGAGUAGAGCACCAUCAUAUUGUUGAAGAAGAUGGCGAAGGGCGAUUCACAAACUCGGAGACGAAACAUCUCCCUCAGGCUAAGGCCCAACACGCAGAUUCGCAGCAAGCGGAGAAGGAACGACCGUCCGCUCCAUCACCGUCGCCAGUCGUCUGCAGUAUCGUCGACGGCGGUGAAUCUCAUCUUCAAGUCUGUACCCCGUCGACGAAAAAUAAGAAAACUAAACCCGAAAGAAAUGAGCAUCGGGCUUCAACGAAAAACCGAGUGCGUGAUAAAGAAUCCUCUCAAUCAAAGAAGAAGAAGUAUCAAGAGGGUCAGCAGCCCUCGCGCAGAAAAUGUUCCUCGCCCGUUAUACAAGUGCAGGGAUUUGAAUCCGCUUCUGAUCGGGCGAGUGUAAGUGGGGUGGCCACACCACAGGAAGUCGUCUCAAAUACGUCGUUUGAUACGGAUCCACCCAGCACUAGUGAGGAUGAUAGCAGCGAGCAGGGCGAGCGAGCAGACUUCAACUGUUUCUUAUGCCAAGAGGCGGACGCUGCAGAGGAGGGGACCUUAUUUCAUCGUCUCCGGGCUCGUACUAACCUAGCACUAUCCAAGGCUGAACUCAACGUGACUCGGUUUCUUUCCAAUCACUACUCAUUUUUAUAUUCUAAUCUAACAAGUGAAACGGGACGGGCUAAUUUUAGGGAAUAUUUUCACGCAGGCUUUGAACAUUUUAUUGAGCUAAUUUUAGAAAAAGAAGUUCAACACAAGGUUUUCGUACGCUCUUCAGAGUACGCGAAACGCGUCAAUAAGGCCCAGUGCCUAGAAAGCGAGUAGGCCCAGGCUCUAAAAGACCUCUUCCUCCGGGAAAAGGUUUAUCCGAAGUACCUCCACGGAGACCAGGGGCGGGAAUUUUUUAAUGCCAACGUUUCAAAGUUACUAAAAGACAUUGGAAUUAAACUGUUUUCUGUCCACAGCGAAACAAAGGCGGCGCUAGCGGAAAGAUGGAACCGGACCCUGAAAUCUAAAGUUUAUAAAUUCAUUACGAAAAACAAUACCCAUCGUUACGUAGACGCCCUGCCCGCUCUAGUCGAGAGUUACAACAACGCUGUACACAGAAUAACGAAAUUGGUCCCGAACGAAAUUACCGUUGACAAGGAAAAAGCCUUAUGGCUCCACCUAUACGGGAAAGAAUUUCCGACUAAGACUAAAUUUGCGUUUGAGUUGGGAGACACCGUCAGAGUCAGCCAAGUUGCCCAGGUCUUUGGCAAGGGCUACAAACCCCAAUACACAACAGAGUGGUUUGUGGUUGCUCAUCGUCGAAAUACCAAACCACCAACGUAUAAACUACGAGACGAGCACGGGGAGCUCAUAGAGGGAAGUUUUUAUGAAGAGAAGAUGCAACGAAUACAGCGCCCGGAUGAUAAGACCUCCUUCCGCGUUGAUGUUUUGAAAAAACGCCGGCGAAAAAAUAAAACCGAAUAUUUUGUCCAUUACGUCGGUUGGCCGGCUCGUUUCGACGAAUGGGUGACAACAGAACAACUCGAAAAGGCAUAAACGAACAUGUGGGGAGCACAAAAACUGAACGAUUAGCUCGAUAGAAAAUGACGAACCCAGACAACAUUGUCGCCGGAGGCGUGUUUGACGCUCGCAUCAAGCGUGACUUUGGUAUGAUUUGUGUCGGCCCUCCACUUGCGGGAAAGACUUUCUUUGUACGGCAACUCCUAAAAAAUGCUAGACGAGUCGUCGAUGGGCCUUUCGAUUAUAUACGUAUAUUGGUUCUACGGGGAGCCGUCGAAAACAGUGACCGAGCUGGAAAGGGAGAAUACAAUACGAACAGUGGAGGGCCUCCCAGAAAAUCUAGACGAAUACAUCCACGUCCGAGAUCCCCACACCGGCGAGCGCCAGCACGGGUUGCUAAUUUUCGAUGACCUUAUGCAGGGGGUCAGCAACAGCGAGGAAAUCAGUCGUCUGGUGACAAAGAAAUGUCAACACGGAGGCGUGAGUUGGAUUGUGCGCAUGCAAAACCUAUUUCACCAUGGGAAAACAAGAGUAACGAUGCUUAGAUGUUGCCACUAUCUAGUUCUCUUUAAAAGCCCGUUAGACCGGUCGGUUGGACAGCAUUUGGCGAGACGCAUUCUUCCGAGCAGGCCGGAGACAUUCGUUAGAAUUUACGAAAGUGCAACGCAGAAGCCAAACAGUUACUUGUUUAUAGACGGGCACCAGAACACCCCGGAAGAAGCUCGUUUUCGCACAGACAUUUUUGGAGAAGACUUUCAGAACGCUUUUGUUCCGCACGCAAAAAAGGGCGGUGGAGGAGGGAAAAAAUAAAGGCAUCUCGAUAUUGUGUCCAAUAUAACGCCUGUUGUAAACGUACAAAUUAGAUACCUACUUAUAUCUUAAUGUUUGAUGGAGUUUAAAAUCAAUCUUAAUGUUUCGUGGAGUUUUUGAUCAAAUAAUGGUUGUCGUCGUUAGUGUCAUAGUCUGAUCGUGUUGAGCGACUAAGUUCUUCAAACUCUCGAUAUUGUGACCAAUAAUAUAUAACGCCUGUUGUAAACGUACAAAUUAGAUACCUACUUAUAUCUUAAUGUUUGAUGGAGUUUUAAAUCAAUCUUAAUGUUUCGUGGAGAUUUUGAUCAAAUGGUUGUCGUCGUUGUGAAAGUAAAUUAUUAUGUAUAGGCCUCUACAUAUUACAUACCGUGCACAAAAAAAAAUAAUCAUGUAUAAUCGUUCCCCGGCAAUGGGGAGCCUGAUAACUUUAAUCUUUCGACAUCAUUCUAUACGUCCUCGAAAGAGGACCAUACGCCGGGCGUCUUGUGAAAUUGAAAAUCUUACUCUCGCUCCGAUACUGUAGUAGUAGGAUUGGUACUACUGAAAAUAAAACGAAACUAGCCGAAGAGAGC